UGUCUGUCUUCUACUACACUCUUUUCAACCUUCAUUCAUUUUGAAUACCCCUUUCUAUUCAUUUGCAGGCCCAAAGUAUGAGGGGUCUGUCACUGGCCAAAGCUUUGGCUUUAUUGCCAUUGCUGGCCACAUUCAUCCAAGCUGAAGACGCCAAAGGCACCUCGGGCACAUGUUCCGAAACUUCUAAAUGUGUGUCGGGAUGCUGCUCUAAGAGUGGCUACUGUGGUUUCGGUGAUGACUUUUGUGGCGAUGAUGUUUGCAUCUCCGAUUGCGAUGCACAGGCAGAGUGCGGCCCCUAUGCACCGGUCGCCAACUCUACUUGUCCUUUGAAUGUUUGCUGCUCACAAUUUGGUUUCUGCGGUACUACCGAAGAGUUUUGUGGUGACGGAUGCAGCAGUGGCUGUGAUGCCGUCGACCAACCAUCAUGCUCCGGAACUUCUAGCGAAAAGGUCUACGCAGGAUAUUUCGAGGCCUGGAACUACCAACACGCUUGCGAUAACCUUGAACCCAAGAAUAUCGAUGUGACACCAUGGACGCAUCUUUACUACGCCUUCGCUAGUAUCUCUUCUGAUGAUUCUACCAUUAAGUUUACCUAUGAUAAUGACGAAAAAUGGAUCCCGCAGAUGGUCGCUUUGAAGAAGAAAAAGCCUUCCCUGAAGGUCUGGCUUUCAGUGGGAGGCUGGGACCUCGGUGGUGAGAUCUUUUCGGACAUGGUUCGUUUCCCAGGAACACGCAAAGCUUUUGUUGAUUCCGCGGUUGAUACCAUGAGCUCUUACGGAUUUGACGGAAUUGAUAUCGACUGGGAGUAUCCUGCUGCGAGUGACAGAAGCGGUCGUGAUGAGGACACAGCAAACCUUGUUACUCUUGUUCAAGAGUUGAAAACGGCGUUUGGUGAUGAUUAUGGUAUCUCCGCAACUUUGCCAUCUUCCUACUACUAUCUCAAGGGCUUCAAUGUCACAGGAAUGGCGGAUUAUGUGGACCACUUUAAUUUCAUGUCAUACGAUAUCCAUGGUACCUGGGAUGGUAACAGUGCUUGGACAUCAUCCGACAUUAAUCCACAUACUAACCUGACGGAAAUCAACGAAGGAUUGGAUCUAUUGUGGCGUAACAAUAUUGAACCAGCCCAAGUACAUCUUGGGCUCGGCUUCUAUGGCCGUUCCUUCACACUGAACGACACAAGUUGCACUGAGCCCGGGUGUCCGUUUGAUAAAACAGGCAGCACCAGUGGAGGGGGAGAGGCUGGCCAAUGUACAGGAUCAAGUGGCAUUCUCUCUGACUACGAAGUUGCCGAAGUGCUAGACAUCUAUGAUCCCAAGGUGACAUAUAAUGAGCAAGCUGCAGUCAACUGGAUCACCUGGAAUGAUAACCAAUGGGUCUCUUUCGAUAAUGCUAAAACAUUGAAGCAAAAGGCCGAUUAUGCCAAUAGCAGAUGCCUUGGAGGUCUCUUUGCCUGGACAUUGGAUGAGGGAGGUCCCGGGUCCACAACUAAUCCCAACAAGCUUGAUCCCUCUGACUCAUCCAUGUCUGGUGCGGACGUCGACGGUGGCAGUGAUGGCUCAGGUGAUGUUUACAUCGCUGCCGAUGUUGCUGCAGGUGAUACAAAAUCGAAUACGGCAACUGGAAUUGCUCCUCUGAACCUCAUUGUUGCGCCUUCCACUCUGGCUUCAACGACCACGAUCACCAUUGACCCCUUUCCAACAGAACUUGAAGUUGCUUGGACGACUACAGUCACAGUCACAGUUGAGGGGACGCCUACUGUUACUGCUACUGUUGCUCGUACGGUCGAAUCGACCACAUUCACAAUUGACCCUAUUACUACCGGUAUUAUCAAUUGGUGGAACUGGAACAUUACUGACAGCGAUGUCACGAAAACCUCCACAUUUCUACUUCCAAGUAUCAAUCUGGACCCAAUUGUAUUCCCGGAUGACGGAAACCCCGAACACAUCACAAGCGCAGAUUUUACAACACAUACUGUCACAAAGAGCAGGACUAUCUUCCCUCCCCCAUGGCCAUGGUCCCACACAUCUCUUCCUGGAGAUGUGCCCACACCCACUGUUACCUUCACUCAAGGAUCUGCUGGGCCUACAUGCACAGCUAAUUGCGGCACAAAGUGUACGAGCUUCUGCGAGGGUCCAUGUUUGGACUGUGAUGACGCAAAAAGUAAUGAGGGCUGGGCAGACCCAGAUGAUCCGAACCCACCUGCUAGCCAUUCUAAGUGUACUGGUCCUAGAUGUCACAAUGGAGAGUGCACUGGCUCCAACUGUCAGAAAAAGGGAUGCACAGGCUCCGAUUGUGACAACGGCGUUUGUAUCGAUGAUUCAUGCAAGGAGAUUGGUUGCAUUGGCGAUGACUGCGACUCUAGCGGGUCUUGUGACGGUGACGAUUGCAAAACAGUAGGAUGCGAGGGCUCAGACUGCAACGGAUCUGGUGGCUGCUUCGGAUUGGAUUGUAUUUCCAUUGGAUGCAUUGGUAUCGACUGUGACAGCAACACAGGAGAGUGCACCGGGCCAAAUUGCCACAAGGUUUCCUGCUCGGGUCCCAACUGUCAAGAUGGAGUGUGUACGGGCGAAGGCUGUGAAUCAGACGACGACGACUGCGAGGCUGAUGAGGCUGAAGUUUGCACUGAGAGUGUUUACUCUAGUAUCGUCACACCUACCUCGACAUACACAACGAAGACCUCUACCAGCUGCGAGACCAUUACUGCUUGCAGUGCCGAGGCCUCAACCACCACCACUACAAUCUCUGAAGCCGACUUGACCGCCUGGACAGAGUAUUGGAAUCCUGAAAUUACUCUUGACACCGCGGUCGCCAGCAGUUUGGCAGCUUCCCUGGAAGCUGUAUAUUCCUCAAUCUAUGAUUAUGAUACUGAAACCACAAGUUCAAGCACACAUUCAAGCACCAGCAGCAAAGCGAGUACAACCACGACCUCAACCACCGGCACCAGCGUAGUACAUGGAACCCCGACUGCCACCUCAGUCAACGCCACGCCGACAACCUUUCAUUCUCCCUCUAACGAGUCAUAUCGAAAUGAACUUUUAUAAAGACAGCUCCUGCGGAGACUUUAUAGCUGGCUACGAAUGGGAUAAUAAUCCUUGGUACAGCUCUGGGUACUGUGAAGAAUGGGGCCUCAAAGAGUUUGACGGCGGCAACAUGGUUGCCUCUUCUGUCUACCCUGUUUUUAGAGAGUCUGACUGGAACCUUGGGAUUCAGUCUAUAUGGGAAGAUUGCAAGUCUACCAAUUUGGGUCAACAACUUAAAACGCGCACAUGUUAUAAGCUAGACUACAAUCCUGAUGGAGACAAUCCUAAUGGACGUGGGACGUGGAUUGUUUUUAGCAACGAUGUACCUUAUGCCCCCGGCUAUUAAAAAGCCUCUGGACUAUUGAACAGUGAUUCAGCCCUACAUUUUGAAGUCCAACUUGGAAUAUACCUCCAGGGCUAUGUAUAAACCUUCCAUCUAGGCAGUAUAGAUACUAC